UAGAGGGGAAAGUUAGUAAAGCAAAAUGCCUCAGGGUCAAGACAGCUAAGACAGGAUGCACUGUAUUAUUUUCCACCAGCGGCUUCCUUUCUGCUUUAUUUUUUUACACUGCUCCUCUUCUCAUAUUUAAGACAUUCAUUGCUGGUGGCUUCACUGCUCAUGACUGAGGCUGAGGCUGAAAUUAAGACGCUAAAAAAAACUUGAUGAAAAGGAGCUCGGCAAACCCAAGGUAACCACGGUGACCGUGGCGUGGCAAGAACCUUGCGCAGGCGCGUUACAACCCAGGCCCGCCUGCCAGUCCCAUUUCUCAGCCUCGGGCUCCACCAGCUCGUGGGGAGUACGGGUGUGAGCCGGGGCCGGGGUGGGGGCCGGAGGGAAACCGGAGCCCGCGCCUGCGCAGUCGGCGGGGCGCUGGUGUGAUCAAGCUCACGUAGCGAGGACUGCAGUCGCCUCCUACCCAGCGUUGCCGUAGCGGCCUAGAGGUUAUAAAAGGGCUAACUGGCUCCCUCUGCUGCCCAGUUGCGCCGCCAGCGGGCUGAGGGAAGGGAGUAGGUAACCCGCCGGUGUGCUGGCAACCGAAGACUGAAGAGCGCGCUCCCGUUCCAUUUCCCAGGUGUGUAAAGCUGUAAAAUGAAGUCUUCCAAGAUGAUCCGGUGUGUUUUAAUUGUAGGGAUUCUACUUCCCCAGUCUUUGGCCCAUCCAGGCUUUUUUACUUCAAUUGGUCAGAUGACUGAUUUGAUCAAUACAGAGAAAGAUCUGGUGACUUCCCUGAAAGACUAUAUUAAGGCAGAAGAAGACAAAUUAGAACAAAUAAAAAAAUGGGCAGAGAAGUUAGAUCGGCUAACCAGCACAGCAACCAAAGAUCCAGAAGGAUUUGUUGGGCACCCUGUAAAUGCAUUCAAGUUAAUGAAACGUCUGAACACUGAGUGGAGUGAGUUGGAGAAUCUGGUCCUUAAGGAUAUGUCCGAUGGCUUUAUCUCUAACCUAACCAUUCAGAGACAGUACUUCCCUAAUGAUGAAGAUCAGAUUGGGGCAGCCAAAGCUCUGUUGCGUCUUCAGGACACCUACAAUUUGGAUACAGAUACCAUCUCAAAGGGUAAUCUUCCAGGAGUAAAACACAAAUCUUUUCUAACAGUGGAGGACUGUUUUGAGUUGGGCAAAGUGGCUUAUACAGAAGCAGAUUAUUACCACACAGAACUGUGGAUGGAGCAAGCACUAAGGCAGCUGGAUGAAGGAGAGGCUUCUACCAUUGAUAAAGUCUCUGUUCUCGAUUAUUUGAGCUAUGCGGUGUACCAGCAGGGGGACCUCGAUAAGGCACUUCUGCUCACAAAGAAGCUUCUUGAACUAGAUCCAGAACAUCAGAGAGCUAAUGGUAAUUUAAAAUAUUUUGAAUAUAUAAUGGCUAAAGAAAAAGAUGCCAAUAAGUCUACUUCAGGUGACCAAUCUGAUCAGAAAACCACACCGAAGAAAAAAGGGGUUGCUGUGGAUUACCUGCCAGAGAGACAGAAGUACGAAAUGCUGUGCCGUGGGGAGGGUAUCAAAAUGACUCCUCGGAGACAGAAAAAACUCUUUUGCCGCUACCAUGACGGAAACCGGAAUCCUAAAUUUAUUCUGGCUCCAGCCAAACAGGAGGAUGAGUGGGAUAAGCCUCGUAUUGUUCGCUUCCAUGAUAUUAUUUCUGAUGCAGAAAUUGAAAUUGUCAAAGAUCUAGCAAAGCCAAGGCUGAGCCGAGCUACAGUACAUGACCCUGAGACUGGAAAAUUGACCACAGCACAGUACAGAGUAUCUAAGAGUGCUUGGCUCUCUGGCUACGAAAACCCUGUGGUGUCUCGAAUUAAUAUGAGAAUACAAGAUCUAACAGGACUAGAUGUUUCUACAGCAGAGGAAUUACAGGUAGCAAAUUAUGGAGUUGGAGGACAGUAUGAACCCCAUUUUGAUUUUGCACGGAAAGAUGAGCCAGAUGCUUUCAAAGAGCUGGGGACAGGAAAUAGAAUUGCUACAUGGCUGUUUUACAUGAGUGAUGUAUCAGCAGGAGGUGCCACUGUUUUUCCUGAAGUAGGAGCUAGUGUUUGGCCUAAAAAGGGAACUGCUGUUUUCUGGUAUAAUCUGUUUGCCAGUGGAGAAGGCGAUUAUAGUACACGGCAUGCAGCCUGUCCGGUGCUAGUUGGAAACAAAUGGGUAUCCAAUAAAUGGCUCCAUGAACGUGGACAAGAAUUUCGAAGACCCUGCACCUUGUCAGAAUUGGAAUGACAAAUAGGCUUCUCUUCCUCUCCUGUUGUACUCGAAUGUGUCUGAUACACACAUUUCCCCAUCUUAACUUUCAAGAGUUUACAGUUGACUAACAAUAACACUCCAUGAUCAAUUCAGUUAUGAACCUCAUCCCACGUUUCAUCUGUGGACAAUUACUAACUUUGUGGGUUUUGUUCUUCUAAAGUAACACGAAUCACCACAUUGUACAUAUAAAACCUUACAGUUCAGUUGGUAUCACAGAGGACAGAGCAAGGCAGAGUUAAAAAUGAGGAAUUUUACAUUUGUUGUAUUUUAAAGAACUUUUUGGUUAGAUAAGAAAUAUAUGUUAACUCUCUGAUUAUUUCACUACAUCUCAUUUGGUGGGUGGCAGGCUAGGUGUGAUUAAGAAAAGAUGCCUUAUAGUAUGUACCUAGGUAUUCUGUUUAUCUAGUCUUCUUAUUUUCUAGAUGGAUCUGCCGAAAGACUAGGAAUAAACUAGGCCUCUGAUCUGGUUUCCAUACCGUGUUUGCCCCUACAUACACUCUCUAAGUUGUUUAUUUUCCUCCCAAGUCCUUUUUCAAGAAAGUACCCUGUAUUUUUACCAAUCCCCUUUUCUCUCACAGCUCCUUUGUGGUGAAUUAAAUCUGAGGUAAAAUACUUUGAUUUUAAAAAAAAUUUUUAACAAAGUCCUACAUAACACUGGGCCUUCUUGACUAAAAUGAUCGUCACUUAGUCUGUUUCUUUGUACUUUUUCUUAAAUGACUGAUGAUUUUGUCCAUAAAAUUUGCGGUUUUUCUUAGUGCUGAUACCUUGCCUCUUAUUCCUGCUACGUCGGGUGGUGAUACUGGCAUUCUGAUUAAAUAAAUAUCGUGCCUUAGGAGACUGGAAAUAUAGAAAUGUACAAGUCCUUUCAAUGAUGAGGUAAUUAUGGGUUUUUUAAAGGAAGGAAUCUUUUUCUUAAAAAGCCAAAAUGUUUGUUUUUUCAAUUCUGAAAUGUAUUGUGACAAUGACCUAUUUAUGAUCUUAAAUCUUUUUUUAAAAAUG